ACAGACAGGGAGAAGAGGAAAGGGGAGGGUUACGGGAGAGGUCGGAAGUCCCCUUCUUACCAAAGUGUAUAUAGAGCAGGGAGGGCGCCGCUUCUGGUCAUAUCUUGGCACGGCGGCCGGAUCCUGCUACUACAGCUGCAAAGAUGGCUCUGUUAAGUCCGAAUGCGCCUGAACUGGAGCGAGUGCUGGAGAGAGACCCCUACUUGAUUCCUUUUGAGCAAGACUUCCAGCGCAGGUAUGCUGCCUUUCAUCGUAUUUUGAAGAACAUUGAAGAAAAUGAAGGCGGCCUUGACAAAUUCACAAGAAGCUACCAAACAUUUGGAAUUCACAGAUUUGUAGACGGAGGGCUGUACUGUAAGGAAUGGGCCCCCGGGGCAGAAGCAGUGUUUCUUACCGGUGACUUCAAUAACUGGAAUCCAUAUUCCCAUCCAUAUAAGAAAAUAGAUUUUGGGAAAUGGGAAUUGUUCAUCCCACCUGGGCCAGAUGGAUUUAAUCCUGUUUCACAUGGAUCAAAACUGAAGCUGGUGAUUCGAAGCCAGAAUGGAGAAAUUCUCUAUCGCAUUUCUCCUUGGGCAAGAUAUGUUGUUCGUGAAACUAACAGUGUGAACUAUGACUGGAUAUACUGGGAACCACCAACACCAUACAGACAGAGACAUCCUGUUCCUAAGAAGCCUAAAAGCUUAAAGAUCUAUGAAUCUCAUGUGGGAAUUGCUUCCCCUGAAGGGAAAAUAGCUUCAUAUAAAAACUUCACACACAAUGUACUUCCGAAAGUCAAGGAUCUUGGAUAUAAUUGUAUUCAGUUGAUGGCUGUGAUGGAACAUGCAUACUAUGCCAGUUUUGGUUAUCAGAUCACAAGCUUUUUUGCAGCUUCAAGUCGCUAUGGACCUCCAGAAGACUUGAAGGAACUGAUUGAUGUUGCCCACUCAAUGGGGAUUACUGUCCUGCUGGAUGUUGUACAUAGUCAUGCGUCAAAGAACUCUGAAGAUGGUCUGAACAAAUUUGAUGGUACAGAUUCAGCAUUUUUCCAUUCUGGACCUAGAGGAACACAUGCACUUUGGGACAGUAGACUUUUUAAUUAUGCAAACUGGGAAGUCUUGCGGUUUCUUCUAUCUAAUCUAAGGUGGUGGAUAGAAGAAUAUGCCUUUGAUGGCUUUCGAUUUGAUGGUGUUUCCUCUAUGCUAUACCACCAUCAUGGAAUUGGUGCGGUAUUCACUGGAGACUACAAUGAAUAUUUUGGUAUGCAUGUAGAUGAAGAUGCUGUAGCAUAUCUAAUGAUGGCAAACUACAUGAUACAUCUCUUGCAUCCAGAAUGUGUAACUAUAGCAGAGGAUGUGUCUGGAAUGCCAGGCCUUUGUUUUCCAGUAACAGGAGGAGGAGGUGGAUUUGAUUAUCGAUUGGCUAUGGCAAUUCCUGAUAAAUGGAUUCAGAUAAUUAAGGAACUUAAGGAUGAAGACUGGGAUAUGGGAAAUAUAGUCUUCACGCUAACAAACAGGAGAUAUGGAGAGAAAUAUAUUGCAUAUGCAGAGAGCCAUGACCAGGCACUUGUUGGUGAUAAGACCUUGGCAUUUCGUCUGAUGGAUGCAGAGAUGUAUAAUUAUAUGAGUGUUCUUUCACCUCUUACUCCAAUUAUUGAUCGAGGCAUGCAGCUUCAUAAAAUGAUUCGCCUCAUUACUCAUGCACUUGGAGGAGAGGGUUAUCUCAACUUCAUGGGUAAUGAGUUUGGGCACCCAGAAUGGUUGGACUUUCCAAGACAAGGCAAUAACGAAAGCUACCAUUAUGCUAGGAGACAAUUUCACUUAGCUGAUGAUCAACUUCUUCGCUAUAGAUUUCUUAAUGCAUUUGACAGAGAUAUGAACAAAUUGGAAGAAAGAUUUGGCUGGCUCUCAUCACCUCCGGCCUAUAUUUCAGAGAAGCAUGAAUCAAACAAAGUUAUUGCUUUUGAGAGGGCAAGUCUCCUAUUUAUAUUUAAUUUCCAUCCAUCUAAAAGCUAUACAGAUUACCGAGUGGGUCUACAGACACCAGGAAAGUAUAAAAUUGCACUGGAUUCUGAUGCUCCAGAAUAUGGAGGGCAUAGCAGAUUGGACCACAAUACAGAAUUCUUCUCACAGCAAUAUUCACACAACCAUCGACCUAAUUCUGUUUUGCAACCCAAUUCACUGAGUGAAAGUGAUGGCCAGCCCCGAGGAUACCAGCACACACACCACCUGGAGGUGUACAUUCCAAGCAGAGUGGCCAUAGUGCUUCAGAAUAUGGAUCUCCAGAACUAAGGACUUGCAGCCUACAACAACGGUCAUUAAUGUAAAAGGCAAACAAUAGUUUGAUCGUAGUAGUAUCCAGCUUCUAUUCUUUGAAAACAUUUCUAUAUGAAGAUAAUGUUAAUACUGCAAGAUUCAAAUGUGUACUUAUUAUUUAUUUCUAGACACAGAGUUUUCUAAUUAUGUUUAUUCAAAGAAAGCAUAUAUAAAAGCAGAAAUAAGAAAAACUCAGUGUUCCAGAAUUUGAUUUCAGGAUAUCUGGUAUCCUUGAUGUAUUAUCAAGAAUACUGUGGUCUAAUUAAAAAGGGAAAGAAAAGAAGAAGAAAAAAUCAUGUUCUGUUUUCAACAAUUUGUUCCAGUUCCAUGUAUAAUUUGGUACUAAAUGCAUUUUUCUCAUUAAACUACAUUUUGUAUAAGAAAUAAUUAUAGAUCACAAUGACAGUUUGCCAGAAAAGGCAGCCCUAUGUACUUCUUUGACACUAGAUUCCAAGUUCUAAAGGUUUUUGUGCUUUUCUUAUGUUAAACCAGUAGGAUUCUGGGUGGGAGGUUUGUUAGACUUAAUGUAUGUUUCCAAGAAAAAGUUCCAGGAGAAUCAUAAGGCUGGAAAGAUGCCAUUUACAAAAACAUUGGCAGUAAGACUUGAAUCUCAUUAAUUUACCACUACUCAAGCUUUAUGGCAAUGGUGAAUUCAUUUGUGCCAGAGCAUUUUUAUAUAUUGUAACAAGUAAAAUAUUAACUGCAUAAAACAAAAUGCUAUAGCGUCUACAGCAGCUGCCCCAAAAAUGGGGCCCGACACACUUUUGGACUGCCAGCUUUCUUUCCAGCAUUCCUCACUUCAGGUCAUAGUGGUCCCAGCUGCUGGAAGCUGAAGCCCAAAAGAGUGGAAUAUCAGGUUGGGAAAGACUGGCCUACAGUGCUGAGAGUCAAAGGUACCAGAUAGAAAAGAAAUGAGAUUCUACCUGCUUAAAAGUACUUUGAAUAUUGUGUCUUAUGAGGCUUGCACUAUAGGAAGAAUAGUAUAGCAUCACAAGCAUCACAUCAGUCCCAAACCUCUUCCCGAAUGAAGUUAGCUGAUAAAUUCUAUACUCUCUUAUCUUAGCUUGUGUUAAAGCAUGUCAUAGUCACCAUACACAUCCUACUUGACUACAAAAUUUCUGUUACCUAUGAAUGGACCAUGAAGGAAAACUAUUUCAAGCAACCUGGUUGUGUAAAAUAAAUAUUAUUCAUUAUAUAAGCUAUGUUCUAUAAUACUUAGUACUUCUCCAUAAAACGGGGAAUGAAUUCUGCCUUAUGGAUUUAAAGAAACAAUUACAAAGUUGCAGAAAUAUCUUGGAUUUUUUUUAUAGGACACCAAGCUAUUUUUCUUCAUGAUCAGUUUUCAUAAUCAGAUAUUCAUCAGAGAAAAUGUCUGCAAAGGAAAUUCUGCUUGAUAGUUAUUUGAAAUAACCAUCUUUGUCUCACUUUGUAAAACAUCAAAGUACUUGUGUCAGUAUUCAUAGUACCAGAGAGGUAUAGAUGGGAAGAUGUCUUAGGAAUUGUUUCCUAAACCAAGCCAGGGGAGGGGAGGGGGGCUUCCAUGAAAACACAACAAAACUUUUUAUACUGUCUCUAGCAAAUUCAGUUAUUUGUAAAUGGCACUUCUGCUGUAUUAAGUUCAUACUAUCGCCUGAGAAAUAAUAUGUUGUUAUUUUAAUUCACAAUCUACCUAUUUUUCAAUGGCCAGCUUGUUUAACAAGACCCAAAUAGGUUACUGUUUCCAUAUUUAAAAGUAGAGCAAAUCAGUAAUUGUUUAACAGCCCUUAAAACAUGAGGCAUUAUAAACAUCUCUAUAAAUGUGGUAUGCUUUUGUCAAUUGAUGUAUUGAUACAUAAUUUUUACUGACCCUGUAUCCAGGCAUCUAAAAGCAGUUAAUCAAUAUUGUCCAUGUCAGUUUUUGUGGAAGAAAAGCAAUAAAUAUGUAAUACAUCAGAAACUGCAACAUCACCUACAAUAAACAGACAAUAAAAAUACUGCUUGUGGUAGUGUCAAAGU